CGCCAUGCGGGCAGUCUUUCCGACUUGCACCCUGACCUCGGGCUGCGGGCUGCGUCGCCCGGCAUGGCGGCGUGGGGCCCGGCGGCCGCUGCACCUCUGCUCCGCGGGAGCCGCGGGCUCCCUCUGCUGCACUGCGUACAUCGGCUGUUUGCCUCCCAGACUGAGGGGGAGCUCAAAGUGACCCAGGUGCUCAAAGAGAAGUUUCCUCGAGCCACAGCUAUCAAGGUCACAGACAUCUCAGGAGGCUGUGGGGCAAUGUAUGAAAUUCAGAUCGAGUCGGAAGAAUUUAAAGAGAAGAGGACUGUCCAGCAGCACCAGAUGGUUAAUCAGGCACUGAAAGAAGAGAUCAAGGGGAUGCACGGCCUUCGGAUAUUUACCUCUGUCCCCAAGUGCUGACCACGCCCGGGCUACGUGACUGCUGAUGCUUGAAACCUGGGUGCACUAAGCUCACCGCAACCUUCCAGGAAAAUCCCCUGCCAAAAAAAUGUAUCUAUUUUUGUUCAUAGACAUUUCUAUAUUAUAAUUAUAGGAGAUAUGCUAUCUAUUUAGAGUUAAUUAAAGGCCAUGGGUACCUACUGCUCACAGCAGGCCGUGUCAUCAAACAG